AUGCCAUGUGGCUAUAUAUUUAAAGCGGUCUUGAUCGGGGAUUGCCAAGUUGGAAAAUCAAAUAUCCUUCUUAGAUAUACAAAGAAUGAAUUCAAAGAGAUAUAUGAUAUGAACAUAGGUGUUAAAUUUGGAGCGAAGAGUUUCAAUAAUAAUGGAGUAGCAAUUCAAUUGUGGGAUACUUCAGGUCAUGAGUCAUCUAUAUCAAUUGUUAGGACUUUUUGAUCAUUUGUUGCAGCUGAAAUCUUUGUUUAUGAUGUCACAAAUAGAGAAAGCUUUGAUCAUUUAGAGGGCUGAGUCUCUGAUGUAACUCUUGGUGCUCCUAGAAAGGACGUAGGAGUUAUAGUAGGUAAUAAAAUUGAUAAAGUAGGAGAAAGAAAAGUUUUAUUUGAAGAAGGCCAAAAAUUUGCAAAUGACCACCAAAUGAUUUAUUUGGAAACUUCAGCUAAAACAGGAUGGAAUGUUGAGAAUUUGUUUAAUUUUGUUUCUGUUCAAAUUUUAACAAAGUUAAGAAAUGGGCUGAUAAGCAUAGAGAAUACAAAAACUGGGAUUGUAUUCCGAAAUAAGUUGGAGAGCAAUUAA